UUAUUAAUGUUGAAUCUACAGAAGUUUUUGAUAAAGGUGAUAAUAGUAAAGAAGAUGAAAAUGACAGUAAAAAAAUCCCUAUGAUUACCCACUAUGAAGCAUUAAAUACCAUAGAGGUAUUGAAACAAUGCCUUAUAUAA